UUAAGAUCGUUACUCCAUGCAAGGAAUAAUAUGUAACAGCGUGAUGUGGAGUUAAGUGCUUCGCUCAGCGAUUGCGGCCAAAUCUAACGAUAUUCUACAGAGAAUCUACAGCAGUACUUCACUUCAAGACGUUCAAUGUGGCCAACAGUUUGCAUCCUGAGUAACUGCAGUCGGAUAUUGCCUCUUAUCAUCAGAUUACCUCCCCUUGCCCCUGCUCGGACAAGUAGGGCAGUGAGACAGCUACCAACGAUGGCUACAGACUACAGUACUCUGGCUCAACCUAAGCCCAUGGUGGGAGUGUGCCAGAUCACAGCCAGAGCAGAUAAAGAGGAGAACUUCAAGACAUGUGUUUCACUGAUCCAGAGAGCUAAAGCUAAAGGUGCACAGAUGGUGUUUCUCCCAGAGGCGUGUGAUUUCAUCGGCGAGUCACGUGACCAGUCCAUGAAGAUGGCAGAACCACUGGAUGGUGACCUCAUCUCUAGAUACCAACAAGUGGCUGUCGAUACGAGAGUGUGGCUGUCUAUUGGUGGAUUUCAUCAGCAGGGUCCGAAGAACGAGAAGCGCGUGCGGAACACCCAUGUCAUCAUAUCAAGUGAUGGUGAAAUUAAGGCUACCUACGACAAAAGUCAUCUGUUUGACCUUGACAUCAAGGACAAAGUGCGUCUAUGUGAGAGCGACUAUACUGUGCCGGGCAGCGAGAUCGUGCCACCAGUAGAUACACCUGUAGGACGACUAGGACUGGCCACUUGUUAUGACCUGCGGUUCCCUGAAAUGUCCAUAGCACUGACCCAGCAGGGAGCUCAGAUCUUGUCCUACCCCUCAGCCUUCACACAGACCACGGGCAUGGCACACUGGGAGGUGUUGCUGAGAAGCCGGGCUAUUGAGAACCAGUGCUAUGUGGUUGCCGCUGCCCAGACAGGGAGACACAACGCCAAGAGGACAUCAUACGGUCAUGCCAUGAUCGUGGACCCUUGGGGCCAUGUCGUGAGUGCUUGCCGUGAUGGAGUGGACGUCUGUGUGGCGGAGGUGGACACAGCAUACGUGGACAAAGUGAGGGAGGAGAUGCCAGUGUCGCAACAUCGUCGACAUGACCUAUAUGGUCAUAUACACACCGCAGCCAAGGGCAAGGCUGAUGACAGUCCGGAGUACAAAUUUGGCCAGCACAGCAUCAAAUCUAGCAACGUUUUCUACAGAUCAGCUCUGUCGUAUGGUUUUGUGAACCUCAAACCCCUCUUGCCAGGACAUGUGCUUGUAUCACCCCUGAGACCAGCAGAGAGAUUUUCCGACCUGACAGCUGCCGAGGUGGCUGACCUGUUCUCGGCUGUACAGGUCAUCACACGGGUCAUUGAGAAACACUACAAUGCCACGUCAGCCACAGUUGCCAUUCAAGAUGGCCCUGAAGCAGGUCAAACGGUCAUGCAUGUGCAUGUGCAUAUUCUGCCCCGGAAGAAGGGAGACUUUGAGAAGAAUGAUGACAUCUACACCAAGUUGGAGGAGCAUGAUCGAGAAAUUGGCUCAGACAGAAUACUGAGGACAGAGGAGGAGAUGGCAGCAGAGGCUCUGACACUCCGACCUUACUUCACAUAGUGUUUAAAGAUGAGAUGAGGCUCUCCUGUCCACACCCUACUGCUUAACACCAUCAUCACCAGUGAGGCUCUCCCCCAUCUCUUACUUGACACCACCAUCAUCACCCAAGUGAUGAGGUUGGGUGAUGAGGCUCUCCUUCCACCGCUUAUCUAACACCACCAUCGUCACCAACAGAUGAAGUGCUUACAUCCUUGUAGUCAAGAGAUGUUCUUAUCAUUAACAUAGAAUGUACAAGGAGUAUGUGUAUAGUUGUGAAGAUAACACUAGCGUUCUGAGUGGGCAUGUCAAGUUGCAAUAUAGAGACAAAGGUGUUUAUAUAAGUGUUCAAGACAGGAGUGUUUCUUAAGAUGAACUUUUGUUUAAACAGACAGAUAUAUCUAUGAUGAACAGCUUACUGAUUACGGAGACUGUACAAGAAUUCCAGACAUCACUGAUGAUUCCGUGUUUAUAUACUACCAGUACUCCAUUGAAGUAAAGUAAUUAAACUUACAUGCAGGUACAUUAUUGUGAUAUUUAUUGAUUUUACAAUGAAUAAAACUAAUGAUGAAGAU